GCUCCGCGUUUCCUUCAAAAAUUAACUUCAAAUUUCAAUCCGACAAAUCACUUUGCAGGCUUGAGGCUAGGUCUUUCAUGUUUCAAUUUUCAUAGUUGUAUUGUACUUGUAAGUUGAUAGAAAAUGGCUACCGAAGAUUUGGUGACUGAGCAGUUUCAGUUUUUAGGUAUUGAAGUACAAAACGAAGUCUUGAGAAAAUGUGUAACUUUAUGUGAUACAUACAACGUUGAUCCUGAAACUUUGGUUGAACAAUGGAUGGCGUUCAGCUUGACGCAUCUGAAUGGCGCACCACCAAGUAUCGAAUACUUAGAAAAGUUAGAAAAAAGGGAAUUUUCCAAAGUGAUAUCAAGUAAGACACACAGUGAUGAAACAUAUUCAAGUACCGGCGCGAGUUUAGCAGUUUACCGCGCACCUGAUUCGGCGCAACCAGAUAAUGAUGUCCUCUCAAACUAUAUGACCACGCCAAAGAGGGUUACGGUUGAAAUAGAGCAUACAACCAUUCAAGAUAACUUCCACCCAGAAACAUACUCACCAAAUGUGGAUCCUUCAACAAAGUAUGCAUCACGAAGUAAUCAGGGUUCCGUGGUCCACUCAUACGGCUCAGAUGAUCUACUACAAAUAUUUGGUAAACCUAAUGAAGUAAAUUUAAUGGAACCAAACAUUGUACAAGUACCAAACGAUGAUGGCGAACUGUUCACUAAAGCUAUGUUUGGAUUUGAAUUGCUUCAUGAGAAAGCAAGUAUCUAUGAGAGCCACAUUCGGUUCGUGUCACAGUGUAUAAUGAAGAAGAAUAGUAUUGCGGAGACACGUUCUGUACGGGAAAAGACACAGAAUGAGGUGUACGUAAGUGGACGGAUCGAGUGUGACGCUGAAGCCAGACUCAAUGCAAAGUGUGUUGUGCUGCAGGGCACCUGGGAGGAAUCACUGAGUCAGUGUGUUCCGCUCGAUCUGGACAGUUUAAAACAGUAUACCCUAUUUCCUGGCCAAGUGGUGGUAGUGCGUGGGGUAAACCCCAGAGGUGACAGGUUUAUAGCUCACCAGGUGUACUGUGAUGGAAGCAGACCUAUACCUGAUCCAAAGGAUGAUAUGAUGAAUACUCUAGAGGGGACUUUAUCAAUGGUGAUAGCGGCUGGCCCCUACACCACAUCCAACAACCUCUCGUACGAACCUCUGAAGGACUUCAUCUCGUACAUCAACACCCACAAGCCUCAUGCUGUGCUCAUGACAGGCCCGUUCUUGGAUUGUGAACAUGUAAAAGUUAAGGAGCAUACAAUGGCGAGCACAUUUAAAACUUUCUUCGAAAAAUUGAUCGACCGGUUGGGAGACAUGUGUAAUACAAGUCCACACACUAAAGUGUACAUUGUGUCGAGUUCAAGGGAUGCAUUUCACAAUAAUAUCUACCCAACAUGUCCGUACUCAGUGCGCAAGAAACAUCCGAACAUCAAAUUUGUUCCGGACCCAAGCACCUUGAACAUAAACGGUUGUUACAUAACAACUACCAGUACGGAUGUACUGAUGCGUCUCAGCCAGGAGGAGAUAGCUUUCGGUAUGGGCGGCGACAAACUGUCCCGGUUGUCGGGUCACCUGCUGUCGCAACAGUCGCUGCACCCGCUGUGCGGUGCGGGUGCGGGCGCGACCUCGCUAGCGGUGGACGCGACUCUGUGGAGCUCACACGGCAUGCUUCCCGCCACGCCGCACGUGCUCGUGCUGCCCUCCAACUUCAGAUACUUUGUGAAGCAAGUGAAUGGGUGUGUCGUCGUAAAUCCGGAACGUUUGACCAAGGGCGUCAGUGGAGGGACAUUUGCUCGGCUUCUUGUAUCCUGUGGCGACAAACUGGAUAUUGCUGCACAAAUUGUUCGAAUUUGAAUAAAACUGAAUUGAAUCUGG